AUGACCGCCGAAGUACGCGACCUCAAGCCGCUCAACAUCAGACCCGUCCAGCAUCAAGUCCACGACCCGCUCAAGACAGACCCUUUCGCCUUCGAUCACCACGAUGACACCAUCCACGUCCUCCUAUGCGCCUCAGGUUCUGUUGCGACCAUCAAGAUACCGAACAUGAUCAACGCGCUUGCGAAACACGCGAACGUACGAAUACGGCUUGUCUUCACGGCUGCGGCAACCAACUUCUUGCAAGGCCAGAGCGGGGAGCAGCCUUCGAUAGAGGAGAUAGAGGCGUUGCCGAACGUGGACGGAGUAUACUUUGACGAGGACGAGUGGAGAGAGCCAUGGAUCCGAGGCAACAAGAUCCUCCACAUUGAGCUACGGCGAUGGGCAGACAUCAUGGUCAUCGCACCCUUGAGUGCUGACCUACUCGCCAAGAUCACACAGGGCUGGUCAGAUAACCUCCUACUGUCCGUCGCGCGCGCAUGGGAUACCACAGGUCUGAUCGAUCCGGUGAGGAGCAUACCAGGCGUGCAAUGGCCGCAAGAAGAUGGCGGCGUACGGAAGAAGAGGAUACUAGUCGCUCCGAGCAUGAAUACCGCCAUGUGGUUCCAGCCCAUCACCAAGAAACAGUUGCAUGUGCUGGAAGAAGAGUGGGGAGUAAAGAAUAGAGGCUGGUAUGAGGUACUGCAACCUAUGGAGAAAGAGCUAGCGUGUGGAGACAUUGGUGGCGGCGCGAUGAAAGAUUGGAGGGAGAUUGUGGAAGUGGUUGAGCAGCGGCUAGGCCUGCUGCCGUGA